GGCCUCGCUGACUGGCAGCUGGGGUGGUGGGCACUGUGCGAUGGCGGGGGCUGAGGGACUCAUGGCUGAAGUAAGCUGGAAGCUCUUGGAACGACGAGCCCGGGCCAAGCGCUCAGUUUUAAAAUUGGUGUAGUUUAGCCUGCCACGCUUAUGAUAAGAAUCAACAGUUUGAAAUGGCCAACUCACCUGAUGCAGCCUUCUCUUCACCUGCUUUGCUAAGGUCUGGCUCAGUUUAUGAACCUCUUAAAAGCAUCAAUCUUCCGAGACCUGAUAAUGAAACUCUAUGGGAUAAGUUGGAUCAUUAUUACAGAAUUGUCAAGUCAACGAUGCUGAUGUAUCAAAGUCCAACUACAGGUCUCUUUCCUACUAAAACAUGUGGUGGAGAAGAGAAGUCCAAAGUGCACGAGAGUCUGUACUGUGCUGCGGGUGCCUGGGCCUUGGCGCUAGCAUACAGGCGCAUUGAUGAUGACAAGGGACGGACCCAUGAGCUGGAGCACUCGGCCAUAAAGUGUAUGAGAGGAAUUCUCUACUGCUACAUGCGGCAGGCUGAUAAGGUCCAGCAGUUUAAACAAGAUCCCCGGCCCACAACGUGUCUUCACUCUGUCUUCAGUGUGCACACUGGGGAUGAGUUGCUCAGCUAUGAAGAAUAUGGCCAUCUUCAGAUAAAUGCAGUCUCACUCUUUCUCCUUUACCUGGUAGAAAUGAUUUCCUCAGGUCUCCAGAUAAUCUAUAACACGGAUGAGGUUUCUUUUAUUCAAAACCUUGUAUUUUGUGUAGAGAGAGUUUACCGUGUUCCUGACUUUGGUGUCUGGGAAAGAGGAAGCAAAUAUAACAAUGGCAGUACAGAACUGCACUCAAGCUCUGUUGGUUUAGCAAAAGCAGCCUUAGAAGCGAUUAAUGGAUUUAACCUCUUUGGAAACCAGGGGUGUUCUUGGUCAGUUAUAUUUGUGGAUCUCGAUGCUCACAACCGCAACAGGCAGACAUUGUGCUCACUGUUACCCAGAGAAUCACGCUCUCAUAACACAGAUGCUGCCCUGCUCCCGUGCAUCAGUUACCCUGCGUUUGCCUUGGAUGAUGAAGCGCUGUUCAGCCAGACACUUGAUAAAGUGAUAAGAAAAUUGAAAGGAAAAUAUGGAUUUAAGCGUUUCUUGCGAGAUGGGUACAGAACGCCCUUGGAAGAUCCCAACAGACGCUAUUACAAACCAGCAGAGAUUAAGCUGUUUGAUGGCAUUGAAUGUGAAUUUCCCAUAUUCUUCCUUUACAUGAUGAUCGAUGGUGUUUUUAGAGGCAAUCUUGAACAAGUCAAGGAAUAUCAGGAUCUAUUGACACCUUUGCUUCAUCAGACCACAGAAGGAUAUCCUGUUGUACCAAAGUACUAUUAUGUGCCAGCUGACUUUGUAGAAUGUGAAAAAAGAAACCCUGGUAGUCAGAAGCGCUUUCCAAGUAACUGUGGCCGUGAUGGGAAGUUGUUUCUUUGGGGACAAGCUCUUUAUAUCAUUGCAAAACUCCUAGCUGAUGAGCUAAUCAGCCCUAAAGACAUUGACCCUGUCCAGCGCUUUGUCCCACUUCAGGAUCAACGUAACGUGAGCAUGAGAUACUCAAAUCAGGGCCCAUUGGAAAAUGACUUGGUGGUUCAUGUAGCACUUGUAGCAGAAAGCCAACGCCUUCAAGUUUUUCUCAAUACAUAUGGUAUUCAAACCCAAACUCCUCAGCAGGUGGAACCUAUUCAGAUCUGGCCUCAGCAGGAGCUUGUAAAAGCUUAUUUCCACCUGGGAAUCAAUGAAAAGUUGGGUCUGUCUGGAAGGCCAGAUAGGCCCAUUGGCUGCCUUGGUACAUCAAAGAUUUAUCGCAUUCUAGGAAAGACUGUGGUUUGUUACCCUAUCAUCUUUGACCUGAGUGAUUUCUACAUGUCUCAGGACGUUCUGCUGCUCAUAGAUGACAUAAAGAAUGCACUACAGUUCAUUAAGCAAUAUUGGAAAAUGCAUGGACGCCCACUUUUUCUUGUUCUCAUCCGAGAAGACAACAUAAGAGGUAGCAGAUUCAACCCAAUAUUAGACAUGCUGGCAGCCUUUAAAAAGGGGAUAAUUGGAGGAGUCAAAGUUCAUGUUGAUCGUUUACAGACAUUGAUAUCCGGAGCUGUCGUAGAGCAGCUUGACUUUCUACGAAUUAGUGACACAGAAAAGCUUCCAGAAUUUAAGAGCUUUGAAGAACUUGAAUUUCCCAAGCAUUCAAAAGUCAAACGACAGAGCAGUACCGCAGAUGCUCCCGAGACGCAACAUGAGCCAGACAUCACCAUUACCGAGUGGAAAAACAAAUCCACCCACGAAAUCCUUCAGAAGCUGAAUGACUGCGGUUGUCUGGCUGGUCAAACCAUCCUGCUGGGUAUACUGCUCAAAAGAGAGGGCCCUAACUUCAUCACAAUGGAAGGAACUGUGUCUGAUCACAUUGAGAGAGUGUAUAGAAGAGCUGGCAGCAAAAAGCUUUGGUCGGUUGUACGCCGUGCAGCAAGUCUUUUAAAUAAAGUAGUGGACAGCCUGGCCCCAUCCAUUACUAAUGUUUUAGUGCAGGGCAAACAGGUAACUCUAGGUGCCUUUGGACAUGAAGAGGAGGUCAUCUCUAACCCACUGUCUCCAAGAGUGAUUAAGAACAUCAUCUAUUAUAAGUGCAAUACCCACGAUGAGAGGGAGGCGGUCAUUCAGCAAGAACUGGUCAUCCACAUCGGCUGGAUCAUCUCCAACAGCCCUGAGUUGUUCAGUGGCAUGCUGAAAAUACGCAUUGGGUGGAUCAUCCACGCCAUGGAGUAUGAACUGCAGGUCCGUGGCGGGGAUAAGCCAGCCGUGGACUUGUACCAGCUCUCGCCCAGUGAAGUGAAGCAGCUGCUGCUAGACAUUCUCCAGCCUCAACAGAGUGGAAGAUGUUGGUUGAAUAGACGUCAGAUUGAUGGGUCAUUGAAUAGAACACCCCCGGAAUUCUAUGACCGAGUGUGGCAGAUCCUGGAACGCACACCUAAUGGUAUCGUUGUAGCUGGGAAGCACUUGCCACAGCAACCAACUUUGUCGGAUAUGACCAUGUAUGAGAUGAAUUUUUCUCUCCUUGUUGAAGAUAUGCUGGGAAACAUUGACCAGCCGAAGUAUAGACAGAUCAUAGUUGAGUUACUAAUGGUCGUAUCCAUUGUGCUGGAAAGAAACCCUGAGCUGGAGUUUCAAGACAAAGUGGAUCUGGACAGACUGGUUAAAGAAGCGUUUCAUGAGUUUCAAAAAGAUGAGAGUCGGCUAAAAGAAAUCGAAAAACAAGAUGAUAUGACUUCCUUUUACAACACGCCCCCACUGGGAAAAAGAGGAACCUGCAGCUACUUGACGAAGGUUGUGAUGAACUCACUGCUCGAGGGAGAAGUCAAGCCCAGCAAUGAGGACUCGUGCCUGGUUAGCUAGUGCGGCUGGUCCUGUAGGGAGCAUAGGUGAUGGUUUUCCAGCUGUGCCUUUCGUGUUGACCUUAACCAGACAGCCGUUAGUGAGUGAACAGAAUUGUUAGUGUGGUGGGUGCUGUAUUCUGUUUGUCAUGAUUGGACCUUUGCAUGCCAGUGGCAUUCGAAUGGUAAGCAAUGAUUGAAAUCAAGCGGAACCCGUUUCCAUGAUUUGUACCAGCAACUCUAAUCUUCACUGAACCAUAGAAAUAGUUUAUGAAUCGAAAAUUCACAACUGCAUGUUUUGUGAUCAAAUAUUCCAUCAAAAUUCUGAGUCUUCGCUUCUUUAGACUUCAUUUUCACCUUCCUGCAUUAGAACAAGCCUGACAAGGGCUGAUGCUUUCCUGGGACUCACAAGGUACUGGAGGAUGGUGAUGGCUUUGCCUCUGUUGUACCACAAAACCGAGACGUGUAACACACAUCAGAAAAACAAAAUUAACCCCUGGCAUUUAACGUCAGAAGCUGCAUUGUUAAUAAUACCAUGUUGUACAGAACUGUUAGAUGGUUUUUACCUUGUAAACGUGACUGUAGUUUUGUAUUGAGCUGCAUAUAAGGGUUGGACUAAAAUAUAAUAUAUCAAGCAUUUUCUGAGCAUCUGUUAAAUAUAGGAAUACAGAAGUGUCAGUCAGACAGAGCUGGGAAUCAUGAUACAAUCCAGCCUUAAAAAUUAGACAAAGAAAAGAAGUAGAUUACUUGUCUUAGUGUGUGAAGAGAAGUUAUGAAAAGAUGGUCCUGAUGAAGCCAUCUGUAAAACCUAAGCCUGAAAAAACAGUCAUGAAGCCCAUGCAGAAAGAGUAAGUUCUGGUGGUUGAUGGGCAGAGAAGAGAAAUUAAAGAACGAGAGGGGAGGAAAAGCCCUUGAAAUAUCUAAAACUUGUUAAAAUUCAGAAGAAAGUAAACACUUGUAUCCUUAAGAAUUAAAUUUUUUGAUUAGCUGAGCAAAGUUGCAAGAAAAACGCUGUCUUAGUUAAAAUAGACAUCACUUGCAAGUCUGUUUUCUGAGUGAGCAGUUAGCUUCCUGUUACAUAUGCAAAGUUUGCAGCUUUCUUCUGCUGCUUGAAAGCCUUCGAAAUCAGCAACGGUGUGUCAGCUUUUUAAAUUGCGAAAUGCAAAAUUUAUUGUUCUGCGAGAUAUUUGGGGAUGAUCAAUAAAUCUUGAUGUUCCUCCAUCAGAAGCGAUGUCUGCUUUCCAAUUAGAAAAACAAAAUAAUCCUAAGGAUCAGAAUACAGAACCCAUGAAAUUUCGAAGUCCCACUUGAUCUACAGAGUCCACAUGUUUUACCAGCUGCACUAGAGGCUGACUGGAUAUAUUAGCACAUGUACUGAGGCAAGACAAGCCUUAAACCUGAUCUAAAGCCUCCUCUGUCACACUGGCAGGUUCUCUGUGCUAAGUUUAUAGUACAAUCAACGUCUGUUGGAAACUCCUGACUGAAUAUCAAAUUCAACUGCUUUUCCAGAGCACUGUUAGAGGCAUGAUGUUUUCCAGGCUUCCUUUGGUUUUAUUUAAGACUUAAAAAAAAUCAUAUUUCAGCCUUUAAAAAUCAAAAUGUGAGAUCAUCUUGCUGUCAUCUUUGAUGAGCUUGCAAUGCUUUAUGGGUGCCAACAAACAUUUGCUGAAUACCUGAAUACAUUCAACUUACUACCCCAAGUAUUAAAUAGAUACCACGGGCUGGGAACCGCCCCAGCAGCAGAAACCCAUCCCAACUAAACUAAAGAGUCUGGAAGUAGCAUAGUGGUAUACAGCCGGAUAGCGAGAGCCCUGUGUCAGAAACUAAACGUGUGAAUGAGAAGCAAGGAAGGCUAGACUCCUAAAGCAGCAGAAACCUUCCCAAGAAGGGGACAGGCACCACAUAAACAUAGAGAAGCAGCAAAUGACCUGCAGAAAUUUGUCUAUGACCCUCAUAUUCUGGCCUCACAGAAGCUUAACAGAAAUGAGGACAGGUCCAUGGGUAAAAUAAGAAAAAGCCUGAUGCAAUUAGAGACUGGGGUGAGCAUGGUGUCAGCUCACUCCAGGAAGGGAGAAUGGAGGAUGUUGCUGUAAUAGUGAGAGCUCUUCUCGCAGCAGCUGUGUUGUAGCACCCACUUACUCCCCAGCAGCAGCCCCUGGGUUGAAAAAGACCUCUUCUAGUCUCACCCAACUGUAUGGGCCCCAAAUGCAUGAUCCUUUGAACAGGUACAACUAAGUCAUACUAGGACAAUAGCUCAGAAUAAACUGGGUUUUUGCCCCAGUGACUACCACCAUUUUGCUGCCCAGGAAUCAGGAAACUAUUGAGAGUGGGCAUUUUGGCAUUUUAUCUGAGGAGGCAGAUGAGCAAGAGUGACCAGGAACCCUCCAGAGUUGUGGCAUCUGACAGUACACAGACCUGUAGGAUAAGACUUAGGAGCAGAUGUGGUUGGUAAUCACACUCCUUGCCCUUCUUUCUCUUUCCUAUAAUGUUCUUUGAAAUCUGUUAGUUCUGCAUUUGUUUUGCUUAGUCAAGGACAUAGAUCUUGUUGCCAUGAGUAGGGCACACAGUUUAAAAUAUUCUCUGACAAACUAAACCGUGGCUUUUUAGUAGUAAUACGUGGUCACCCUUACAGAUGAAUAUCUAUCCCUUCACUUCUGUUUUCCCAGAAGUUAUCUCUCUUCUCCCAGCUCGUAGAGGAAACUGCGCCCUGCUCCUCAGUGUCAGUGUGGACUUGCUGGUAGGCUUUCCAUGAGUUUCCCCCAACUCAGUUGUGUGGUGUUGUUUUAUACAGUGCUGGGAACCAAACCUAGGGAUCCUGCGCUUGCCAGGAAAGCACUGUACCCCUGAGCUGGCUUUCCUUUCUCCUCCUGGUGCUGUUGCUUUUCUUUCUAAAAUAGGUAUCGAUUCAGUAAAAGGAAAGAGCUCACCGUUGAGAAACAGAGAAACUGCAAGAGGAAUCCUAGAGAGCUGAAAUGCCAGUGUUCCAGUUUUAUUGGAAGCAGUUCCUCCUUUGGUUGUUAUUUGGUUGUUAUUCUUUCUGUGAAUGAGAAGCCUCCCAAUGGCACACACUGUGGAACAACUGUAGGCUCAAUAUUUGUCUCUAUUUGGAUGGCAGCUUGAAAGGGGCUCCACACUCCCUUCAGAAUCUCCACAUCCACUAGAAUAAGACUACCAUGUCAAGCAUUAAUAGUCCUCAUUUGUCCAGUUACAAAGUCCAACAAGAUCCAUAAAUUAUUAUAAGCAAACUGUUUAGAAAAGCAGUUUUUUUAGACAACAACAAACCUUUUUAAAGGCAAGUUUGUAGAAAUGACAUGAUUGAACCAGAACCCUUCAGGAACUCUCUACUGAUGAUUUUAUUUAAGAAUCAUGCAGAAGAAAUGUAUCUUAUAAAAAAAAAAAAAAAAAAAACGACGAAAAGAACAGCAGUGAAAGAUGCUGAGCCUGGCUUGCUUUGUAGUCUUUGGUUGGCUUGGUUUCCAGCUGCUCUCCUCCGUCUCUAGAGACGGCUAUGUUUAAUUUCCUGACACUAACCCAGUUCUAGUUUCAGGAAAGCCACCUUGCGUGUGUUUUAUCUUACAUAUCUGUGUGUUAGGACGUUGGUAUUUUUGUCUUUUUCUUCCUUGGCAGAGCCUCACUGUCAGAGGUUCACCUGAGGUGGCACUGGUCGUGGGUGCUGUAGAGUUAACAGGUCAGCGACUCUCUGCCAACUGCCCGUGAUUGUCCUGAGCAUAUUCCAACAAAGUGUGAUCCCAGCAGUUCCAGGACUCCCUCCUCCUUCCUGUGCCAGGGUUCAUGAACGACGGUUCAGAGUGUGCAUCCACACGGGUGGGGGUGCUUGGGGAUGCGUUUCUGCCUAGAAAACCUCUGUGAAGAUGUUUUGUGGUCACCAUUUUCACCUAUCCCAUAUAAAACUGAACUUACUUCUGUUUCAUCUCCCCCAUCAGUAGAAUGUGAAAUGUCUUCCUGAUCCUUGGCACCCACUCAGUGAACAUCACACACAUCACCCAUCACGACAGUGAAGAGAGGCACCAGCCUGGACCUCCUUUCCAUGCCUUGAGAAACAGGAGUAGAUAAGAGUGAAUCCAUGCCUGGCCUUCAGCAGCACCAAACCACUACUAUGGACCCUUUCUUCCUGAGGACUGCAUUCUCCUCAGUUGUCCUAUGGCCAAGGUGGCAGGACUAGGCUGGUAGCCAUCAGGAAAGAACCCAGGUUCAGAUAGGAUAGGAUGAGGUUCAGAGGGUCACGGCUCCAUUUGAAUUGCUGAAACCCUGCAUGAACUAAUUCAGCCUGCUGAGCAUCUACCAAACUUGGUUCUGUACAGAGACUGAAAGAAAAGACAGAUCAGUGAAAAGACAACAUAAAUCCCAUUUGCCUCUAUUUAAGAGUCAGGCUUGAUUUCAAAAUGGUGGCCAUAAGGCACCAGCUCUAGGAACAAACCCUAAGUCCUAGGAAUUAGGCCAUAAGACACUAACUUCAGGAAGAAACCAUAAAAUCCAGAAACAAGGUCAUAAAACCGCCUCCCAAAGAACAGCCUGGGGAUAACCACAAAAAUGGGAAAAUAUCUUAUCUCAGGAUGGGCCAGCUGUGCUGGGCAGCCCUAUCUCCUCCUAUGGUUAAACGUUCAUGACUUAGGAUUGUAGACCACUGGCCACCUGUGAUUCUCUAGCACACCCCCCCCCAAUUAAAUUUUAGAUUGCCUAAUCCUUCUAGAGAGUUCCCUGGGUUUCCUGUGAGAAGGCCUGUGUACCUUUGUCAAAAAAUAGUUUACCCCUACAUGCUGAUUAUUUCUGCAGAAUAAAUGUUCUCUGUUUUUGCAUGC